CGUUCACUGUAUAAAGUUCACAGCCCAGAGCCGAGCACAGGACGAGAGGAGCGCCCGGUACCCGCACGGCAAGAUGAUAGAGCUUAGUACGUUAUUACUAUUGGCUGCAAGUAUCCUGCUUCUUUUAACAUUGUACGUUGUUCUACAUGAUCGACGGCGAACCUUUGCUAAGAUUAUCUUUUAUGAAACAAAAGUUGCCAUCAAAGGUAUCUUCAUGAAUCACACCAAGGAACAGAGAGUUUUACAGUAUGUUCUGGAAAAUGCAACGCGUGGAGACCCACAGAGCGUCAUUGAUAAUAUUGACCAAUACUGUCAUAAAAAAGAAUGGGCCAUGAAUGUUGGAGACCAAAAGGGCUUGAUCUUGGACAAAAUUGUGAAAGAGACCGAUCCAAAUGUAUGCUUGGAGUUGGGCACAUAUUGUGGCUACUCAGCUGUCCGGAUUGCACGACUUUUAAGGCCUGGCACACGUUUCUUUACCGUGGAAUUUAAUCCAGCAUUCGCUGCUGUAGCCAAACAGAUGAUUGAAUUUGCUGGUGUUAAUGACCAGGUGCAAAUAUUAGAGGGAAAUACCGAAGAUAUUAUCCCCCAGCUGAAGAAAAAAUAUGAAGUGGACACACUGGACUUUGUGUUUGUGGAUCACUGGAAGGACAAAUAUACAUCAGACACUAAGCUUUUGGAGAAGUGCAACCUGCUUAGAAAGGGCUCAGUCGUUCUCGCAGACAAUGUCAUCGUUCCAGGUGCUCCAGAUUUUCUCGAAUAUGUUCGUACCUGUGGCCUGUAUGACUGCACACACUAUCCUUCAUUCCUGGAAUACAUGAAUGAAAAAGAUGCACUGGAAAAGGCAGUAUUCAGAGGAUAGGCCAGAUAGGACAGGUGAUGUCUUUUGGAGUUGCCCUUUUUCCUCAUCUUUCCUCAUCAUCUCCAUUCAGCCCAGACCCCAAUGACACUUCUUACAGCCACAGCUCAUCUUUGUAGAGUUUGCUGUACAGACAUCUUUGGCUCCUCUCAUUUCCAUCACCCUCCCCACCAUCUCAACACAAACUUCCCAUGCUGGUGUCCUAACAGUUUUAUCCUGCUGCUACA